AUGCGUGGAAAUCGUGGAAAUCGUGGUGGUGGUAGUGGUGGUGGAAGAGAGAAUGGAUAUCCAUCAAACGGUGAGCCAUCCUCAAUGACACAAGAACAAUUAGCACAAAAAGCCAGAAAAUGGCAACAAUCACAAAGUCGUCGAUUUGGAGAUCGAAAAGGAAAGACUGGUUUCAUCGAUACAGGAAAGCAAGAAUUACCACCUGAACACGUUCGAAAGAUUAUCAAAGAUCAUGGUGAUAUGAGCAACAGAAAAUUCAGAAAUGAUAAACGUGUUCAUUUAGGCGCAUUAAAGUAUAUACCGCACGCGAUGAUGAAAUUGAUGGAAAAUAUACCAAUGCCUUGGGAACAAGUACGAGAGGUACCAGUCAUUUAUCAUAUCACAGGAGCAAUCACUUUCGUCAAUCAAACUCCAAGGGUGAUCGAACCGAUUUAUCACGCACAAUGGGCUGCUAUGUGGCUUGCCAUGCGAAGGGAAAAGCGUGAUAGAAGACAUUUUAAACGAAUGCGUUUUCCACCUUUUGAUGACGAAGAACCACCUCUAGAUUACGGCGAUAAUAUUUUGGAUGUUGAACCGUUAGAGGCAAUUCAACUUGAACUUGAUGAAGAGGAAGAUGCUCCGAUCAUAGAUUGGUUCUACGAUCACAAACCCUUGGCGGAUGAACCAAAACACGUCAACGGUUCUUCUUACAAAUUUUGGUCUUUAGACCUACCUCAAAUGGCCGCCUUACAUCGAAUCGGUAAAACGCUGCUAUCAGAUUUUGCAAGUGGCGACAAGAAUUAUUUCCACCUUUUCGACGCAAAGAGCUUCUUUACCGCAAAAGCACUCAAUGUAGCCAUUCCGGGAGGUCCAAAGUUCGAACCUCUCUUUCGUGAUGUAGAAAACAAUGACGAAGACUGGACAGAGUUUAAUGAUCUACGCAAGAUCAUCAUUCGACAACAAAUCCGAACAGAAUACAAGGUCGCAUUCCCACAUUUGUACAACAGUCGACCAAGAGAAGUGCACAUUGGCACGUACCACGAACCCAAAAAUGUCUACAUUCGUACGGAAGAUCCCGAUUUGCCUUGUUUCUACUUCGACCCGGUCAUCAAUCCAAUCACCACACGAGGAUUGGCGCAUACAUUCCGUAAUGAGUAUGACGAUGGCGAGCCGGCCAAUUCGUCGCAUGAAGAUGAAGUAUUCGGAGAAGGAGUCGAGGGCGAUGAUGAAUUACCGGAUGAGGAGGCUUUCUUUUUGCCUGACAACGUUGAGCCUUUCCUCGAAGAGGAGGAUUUGAGCAAUGAUUUAACUGCAGAUGCGAUCGCUCUUUGGUGGGCAUCGCCUCCUUACAAUAUGCGUAGUGGAAGGACAAAGCGUGUCUUAGAUGUUCCACUCAUCAAUGCUUGGUACCUUGAACAUUGUCCGCGAGAUCAACCUGUGAAGACAAGAGUCUCUUAUCAAAAGCUUCUCAAGAGAUACGUGGCCAAUCGUCUGACCAGCAAAGCUCCAAAAGCUGGAACGAAGAAGUAUCUACUCAGACAGCUCAAGGCCACCAAGUUCUUCCAAACCACAACUUUGGACUGGGUAGAAGCUGGUUUGCAAGUUGUGCGACAAACGUUCAAUAUGCUCAAUUUACUCAUUCACAGAAAGGGUUUGCACUAUCUGCACUUGGACUACAACUUGAAUUUGAAGCCUGUCAAAACAUUGACAACAAAAGAACGCAAGAAAAGUCGUUUCGGAAAUGCGUUCCAUCUUGUUCGUGAAUUGGGACGGCUGGUCAAGAUUGUUGUUGAUUCUUUCGUGAUGUAUCGAUUGGGCAAUGUUGAUGCAUUCCAGUUGGCCGAUGGUUUGCAAUACACAUUCAAUCAUAUUGGUACAUUGACCGGGAUGUACAGAUACAAGUACAAGCUGAUGCACCAAGUUCGAGCCUGCAAAGAUUUGAAGCAUGUCAUCUAUCAUCGAUUCAAUUCAGGUCCCGUUGGAAAGGGUCCAGGUGUUGGAUUUUGGGCGCCUUCUUGGCGUGUUUGGAUGUUCUUCUUCCGAGGUAUUGUUCCGUUGCUGGAGAGAUGGCUGGGCAACUUACUUGCUCGUCAAUUCGAAGGACGAAACGCAAAGGGUAUUGCUAGCACGAUCACUAAACAACGAGUCGAAUCGCAUUUCGAUCUCGAAUUGCGUGCCUCUGUAAUGUCUGACUUACUGGACAUGCUACCGGAAUCGCUAAAGAACAACAAAGCGAAAACGUGCCUUGCUCAUUUGACAGAGGCAUGGCGAUGCUGGAAAGCAAAUGUACCUUGGAAGGUACCGGGAAUGCCUGCACCGAUUGAAAACUUGAUCAUGCGUUAUGUCAAGUCAAAAGCGGAUUGGUGGACUUCGGUCGCUCAUUAUAAUCGUGAACGUAUCCGACGUGGAGCUACGGUCGAUAAGACUGUCGCACGCAAAAAUUUGGGUAGAUUGACUCGUUUAUAUCUCAAAGCAGAGCAAGAGCGUCAGAAUUCAUACCUCAAAGACGGUCCUUACAUUACCUCCGAAGCAGCAGUCGCAGUGUACACCUCGACAGUGCAUUGGCUAGAAUCUCGUAAAUUCCAACCAAUCCCCUUCCCAUCUCUGAAUUUCAAGCACGAUACCAAAUUACUCGUCUUGGCUUUGGAAAAGCUCAAAGAAUCUUAUAAUGUCCAGAGUAGACUUAAUCAAAGUCAACGUGAAGAGCUUGCAUUGAUCGAACAAGCGUUUGACAAUCCACACGAAACUCUAGCACGCAUCAAACGUUUAUUGUUGACGCAAAGAGCGUUCAAGGAAGCGGGUAUGGACUUCUUCGAUUCAUACUCUAAAAUCAUUCCCUGUUACGACAUUGAACCUCUGGAAAAGAUUACCGAUGCAUAUUUGGAUCAAUACCUCUGCUACGAGGCUGAAAAGAGACAACUGUUCCCUCCGUGGAUCAAACCUUCCGAUACAGAACCUGCUCCUUUGUUGGUGUACAAAUGGUCUAAUGCCAUCAACAAUCUUGAUAACGUUUGGGAGACAAGUGAGGGCGAAACAAACGUCUUGCUGGAAACAUCGCUCAGUCGGGUAUACGAAAAGAUGGAUUUGACAUUGCUCAAUCGGCUUUUGCGUUUGAUCAUGGAUGCAAAUAUGGCCGAUUAUAUUACCAGCAAGAACAACAUUUCAAUCGUAUGGAAGGAUAUGACACAUGUCAACACGUAUGGUCUCAUUCGUGGUUUGCAAUUCAGUGGUUUUGUAUUUCAAUACUACGGCCUUGUGAUGGACUUGAUGACGCUCGGAUUGGAGCGUGCCAGUGAGCUUGCCGGUCCACCCAAUUCACCAAAUGGCUUCUUGCAAUUCCAAAAUACAGCAAUGGAAACGAAGCACCCUAUCCGGCUGUAUACCCGAUAUGUGGAUCGAAUUCACAUUCUUUUCCGCUUCAAGGCUGAUGAAUCGCGAGAUCUCAUUCAGAGAUAUCUCAGUGCCAACCCUGAUCCAUCCAACUCCAACUAUAUCGGCUACAACAACAAAAAGUGCUGGCCCCGUGACUGUCGAAUGCGUUUGGUCAAGCAUGAUGUCAAUUUGGGCAGAGCAGUAUUUUGGUCCAUCAAGAAUCGUCUGCCACGUGCUUUGACAACGAUUGAAUGGGAAGAUACAUUUGCUAGUGUGUACUCCAAGGACAAUCCAAACCUCUUGUUCAGCAUGCAAGAUUUCGAGGUACGAAUUUUGCCCAAAGUACGUUCAGGCGAUGUGAAUGAGCCUAGUGAAGGCGUUUGGGGUUUGACCAAUGCCGAGUCGGGUGAACGAACAGCACAAGCCUUCAUUCGUGUGUCUGAUGAGGGAAUUGAGCAAUUUGUCAAUCGUGGUCGUCAAAUCUUAAUGGCUGCUGGAGCAACUACAUUUACGAAAAUCAUCAAUAAGUGGAACACGUUAAUCAUCGGACUGAUGACGUAUUACCGUGAAGCCGUAAUUCAUACUCGGGAGCUAUUAGAUGAGAUUGUCAAGUUUGAGAACAAGACGCAAACUCGAGUCAAGAUGGGAUUGAAUUCCAAGAUGCCCAGUCGUUAUCCUGCACCAGUCUUUUUUGCACCGAAAGAACUUGGUGGAUUGGGAAUGUUGAGUAUGAGUCAUAUUCUUAUCCCUGCUUCUGAUCUCCGUUGGAGUAAGCAAACAGAUGCAGGUAUUACGCACUUCCGCAGUGGAUUGACUACCAAUGGCGAGGAGAAUUUGAUUCCAAAUCUUUACAGAUAUAUUCAAUCUUGGGAAUCAGAAUUCACCGACAGUAGACGUGUAUGGGAAGAAUAUGCUCAAAAGCGCAAAGAGGCUGCCUCUCAAUCCCGUCGAAUCACUCUGGAAGAUGUAGAAGACAUCUACGAUCGUGGUAUCCCACGUAUCAACACGCUCUUCCAGAAAGAUCGUACCAUUCUUUCGUACGACAAAAUGUGGCGAACACGACAGCAUUUCAAGCAAUAUCAAAUGGCAAGAGCUGAUCCUAUGCGGUGGACUAACAUGAAGCACGAUGGUAAAUUGUGGAACUUGAAUGCCUACCGUGUGGAUGUGAUUGCCGCUUUGGGUGGUAUUGAAACCAUUUUGGAGCACACUCUAUUUGCUGCAACCGGUUUCCCGACUUGGACUGGUUUAUUCUGGGAGAAAGCAUCCUCAUUCGAAGACUCUAUGCGGGCGAAACGUUUGACAAAUGCACAAAGAUCAGGUUUGAACCAAAUUCCAAAUCGUCGUUUCACACUUUGGUGGUCACCUACCCUCAAUCGUGCAAACAUUUAUGUCGGUUUCCAAGUUCAAUUGGAUUUGACGGGUAUCUUCAUGCAUGGUAAAUUGCCAGUUUUGAAGAUUAGUUAUAUUUCCAUCUUUAGAGCCCAUCUUUGGCAAAAGAUCCAUGAGUCGGUCACGAUGGAUUUGGCUCAAGUUUUGGAUCAAGAGAUGGAUGCUUUACAGAUUGAAACCGUUCAAAAGGAAACAAUCCAUCCUCGUAAGUCGUACAGGAUGAACGCCAGUUGUGCAGAUUUGACAUUAUUUGCUUCUUACAAAUGGCCUGUCUCACGCCCAAGUCUAUUGACCGAUUCGCGAGACGUCUUGGACGGUUCUUCCGCCACCAAAUUCUGGAUCGAUGUUCAAUUGCGAUGGGGUGAUUACGAUCAAUCUGAUGUGGAGAGAUAUGCUCGUGCUAAAUUUUUGGAUUACACGACCGAUUCGACGUCAAUCUAUCCAUCAGCUACUGGUGCUUUGAUCGCUAUUGACUUGGCUUACAAUAGAUAUAGCGGUUAUGGAAAUUGGAUCCCUGGAAGCAAGCCUCUACUACAACAAGCUAUGAGCAAGAUCAUGAAAGCUAAUCCGGCGCUUUUUGUUUUGAGGCAGAGAAUAAGGGCCGGCCUGAGUUUGUACUCUAGCGAACCCACAGAACCCUACCUCAAUUCAGGAAACUAUGCCGAUCUAUUUUCUAAUCAGGUGAUUUGGUUUGUGGAUGACACCAACGUCUACCGGGUGACAGUGAGCAAAAGUUUCGAUGGAAAUCUCGUCACAAAACCCAUCAAUGGUUGUGUUUUGAUCCUAAACCCACGAACCGGUCAAUUGUUCAUGAAAGUUAUCCACACGUCAACUUGGAGCGGUCAAAAACGUCUUGGCCAGCUGGCGAAAUGGAAGACGGCCGAAGAAGUGGCCGCAUUGAUCAGAUCAUUGCCCGUUGAAGAGCAACCGAAGCGAGUGAUUGUGAUGCGAAAGGGUAUGUUGGAUCCUUUGGAAGUGCAUUUGUUGGAUUUCCCCAAUGUGUCAAUUGUUGGCUCUCAAUUGCAAAUACCUUAUCAAUCCUUACUCAAAUUGGAGAAGCUGGGAGAUAUGGUCUUGCGUGCAACUCAGCCUCAGAUGGUGUUGUACAGUCUGUACGAUGACUGGUUGAAGAGUAUCUCAUCUUAUACUGCGUUCUCUCGUUGUGUGUUGCUGUUAAGAGCAAUGCAUGUCAAUAGCGAGAAAACCAAGAUUAUCUUACGACCUGAUAUCUCCACCAUCACUGAACCACAUCAUCUUUGGCCAACAUUAAGUGAUGAAGAAUGGAUCAAAGUUGAAAUUGCUUUACGUGAUUUGAUCUUGUCGGAUUACGGCAAACGCAACAACGUCAACGUCAACUCGCUCACAUCAUCCGAGAUUCGUGAUAUCGUUUUGGGAGCUACGAUUGAAGCACCAUCUGCUCAACGGCAAGAAGCUGCCGAGUUAGACAAAUCCACCCAGGCAAGUGCUCAAGUGACAGCCACUCAAACACGCACAGUCAACGUACACGGGGAUGAAAUUCAAACCGUCACAACGACACAGUAUGAAAAUCAAGCCUUCAACAGCAAGAGCGAUUGGCGUAGACGUGCACUGGGUUCCACCAAUCUGCCUCUGCGUUGCCAACACUUGUACGUUUCCAACGAUGAUGUCAAGGAAGAUGCGGGUGCGUUGACAUAUGUUAUGCCAAAGAACAUUCUCAAAACAUUCAUCGUCAAUGCAGACCUACGUGCAAGAGUAGCCGGGAUUCUCUAUGGUCGAUCACCAGCCGAUGCACCUUCCGUUAAGGAGAUCAAAUGUAUCGUAUGGAUUCCCCAGCGUGGUACUAACAAUGAUGUUGAAUUGCCAGACGAGUUGCCCAAGCAUGAAUACAUGCUGGCAAAUUUGGAACCUUUGGGUAUGAUCAAGACGCAAAACCAAGAUUUGCAGCAUCUUUCUCCGACAGACGUUGUCGCACAUGCAAAGAUGAUGGACAAGCACAAAGCCGUCGGUGCAAACUCAAUCACCAUUACAACCACAUUCACACCGGGAUCCGUCUCUUUAGCAGCCUAUUCGCUUUCCGUUGAAGGCUACGAAUGGGGACGUAAAGCGAGUGCGAUUGAUGCAGCUGGAAACCCACAGAACUUCAGUCCGGCAAUGUAUGCUGAAAAGGUACAAUUGCUGCUAUCCGAUCGAAUUCUUGGAACGACAAUCACACCGAUGGAUAAGGUAUGGAACUAUUCUUUAAGUCUAUCUUCUCAUUGGACUCCCAAUCUUAAGACUACCUAUGUGGUUGAAAGACCAAUCAGCUUCUGGGAUGAAGCACACAAUAGCCUUGUUUACCUCAAUUUCACCGACACCGAUACAAGUACGGGCGAAGGUGCAGAUGUAGAAGAUCCCUUGGCGUGA